GCACACUUUCUGGGAAUGGCAAGUAGUUGAAUGCAUUCAGUCCAUCCUGGUGCAUCCAAAGCGCCCAAACCGGUCGAUGGUACUUUAUCACAAUCUCUUGGUGAACUAUGAACAUUUUGAUAAAAUUCGUUACCCUGACGGUCGUUAUAUCCGCCAUCGGAAUAAUCUACUUGCAAACAUCAGACGAAACGAUACCAAAGUAUGAAGAUACGUGGUGGGGCCCAGGGUCUGAAAGUCCCCAUGCAGAUACGUCCAUUAAGCCGUUUACAAUCCGCUGGACUGACGAGGCCAUAGAUGAUUUGAAAAGCCGAUUGAAUCGCACAAGAGACCUAGUUCAACCCCUGGAAGGUGCGAAGUGGAGCUACGGUAUCAGUGGUCCAUUUUUAAAAGAACAAGUCCUGUCAUACUGGUUGAAUAAAUAUGAUUUUAAGUCGCAACUAUCUCACAUAAACAGAUUUCCCCUGUUCUCAACGAAUAUCCAAGGUUUGAAUAUCCGUUUCCUCCACGUUAAACCGAAAGAUCCAAAAGGCAAACGAGUUUUGCCACUGCUGAUUCUCCAUGGAUGGCCAGGAUCAAUAGUUGAAUUCUACAAAUUCAUUCCUAUGCUCACGACACCUCGAGACGAUCACGAUUUUGUGUUCGAAAUCAUCGCCCCUUCCCUUCCUGGUUUCGGUUACUCUGAUGCUGCCAUUCGACCAGGACUUGGCAGCUCACAAAUUGCGGUGAUUAUGAAGAACUUGAUGUUGAGAUUAGGUUUUAAUAAAUACUAUGUUCAUGGGGGUGACUGGGGAGCCUUCAUCACAGGACAAAUGUCCAGUCUAUUUCCAGAUCAUGUGAUUGGUAUGCACUCGACUAUGUGCACAGUAUCGUCAGCCAAAGUCUCCUUGAAGCUUAUUUUCUACAGUUUCUUCCCAUCUCUGUUAUUAGACGAGGAAGAUUAUCACUGGUUUUAUCCGUUGAGUGAAAAAGCAGCACAGACAUUACUCUCUACUGGGUAUCUUCACCUACAGGCAACGAAACCCGAUUCAUUUGGUAUCGCUCUGGACGAUUCCCCAGCGGGUCUCGCCGCUCACGUCCUGACCACGUUCUCGGACGCAACCAAACGCGGUAAUAGGUUCAAAGAGGAUGGUGGGUUAUUCGAAAAGUUUACGCACGAGGAACUAAUCGACAACUUGAUGAUGUACUGGAUGCCGAAAAAAAUGACAACUGCAAUGCGAAUAUAUGCUGAAUCAUUCAAUAAGAAGAAUAAUGUCUGGCAAACUCAAUGGCCAGUGGAGGUACCAAGUGCUUGUGCCCAGUUUCCCUCCGAGAUUAUAUGGUAUCCGCGGGAAUUGCUCCAGGAAAGAUUUUUGAAUUUAGUUUUGGUGACGAGAAUGCCACGGGGUGGACACUUCGCAACGCUAGAAGAGCCAGAACUUGCUGCCACGGAUGUUUACAAGUUCGUAGGGAUUGUUGAGGAACAAAUGCGAAGAAGUAAAAAAUCCGCGAAGAAGGCAGAUUUAUAGGAAAUAAAAAUUUUCUAAAGUCCACUAUAAACAAAAAAGUAAUCCAUAAAUUUCACACACUAAACAAUAAAAAGCUAAUGAAUCAAAUAAUUGGUGUCUUUUUGUAAAUGUUGACUCAUUCCAACUCAACUUGGAAGUUAUUAUUGAAUAAAUCGACGGUAACAAUCGACAAGUCAGCAUUACAAUGUUAAAUAACAACCAAAGACAUUGGACUCUUGAUUUUUCCUUCCUUUUGUCCUGUGAAUUUACAAUUUAUAGAUGUGAAUCUGUAAAAAAGUACUUGAAAUAAAAAAAAUACCCGAUCGA